CUGGGCUGCGCCGCACUCCGCAACGUGUCUGGCGCGCAGUACGUGGGUUCAGGCUACACUAAGGCCGUGUACCGGGUCCGCCUGCCCGGUGGCGCCGCGGUGGCGCUGAAAGCGGUGGACUUCAGCGGCCACGAUCUGGGCAGCUGCGUGCGCGAGUUCGGGGCGCGGAGGGGCUGCUAUCGGCUGGCGGCCCACAAGCUGCUCAAGGAGAUGGUGCUGCUGGAGCGGCUGCGGCACCCCAACGUGCUGCAGCUCUAUGGCUACUGCUACCAGGACAGUGAAGACAUCCCGGACACACUGACCACCAUCACAGAGCUGGGUGCCCCUGUGGAAAUGAUCCAGCUGCUGCAGACUUCCUGGGAGGAUCGAUUCCGAAUCUGCCUCAGCCUCGGCCGCCUCCUCCACCACCUGGCCCACUCUCCACUGGGUUCAGUCACUCUGCUGGAUUUCCGCCCUCGGCAGUUCGUGCUGGUAGAUGGAGAGCUGAAAGUGACAGACCUAGAUGAUGCUCGUGUGGAGGAGACGCCAUGCACCAGCAGCACCGACUGCACACUUGAGUUUCCAGCCAGGAACUUCACCCUGCCCUGCUCGGCGCAAGGCUGGUGUGAGGACAUGAAUGAGAAGCGAAACCUCUACAAUGCCUACAGGUUCUUCUUUACAUACCUCCUGCCCCACAGUGCCCCGCCCUCCCUCCGGCCUCUGCUGGACACCAUUGUCAAUGCCACAGGAGAGCUUACCUGGGGGGUGGACGAAACCCUAGCCCAGCUGGAGACAGUGCUGCACCUGUACCGGAGUGGGAAGUACCUGCAGAACUCCACAGCAGGCAGCAGCAGCGAGUACCAACGCAUCCCAGACAGUACCAUCCCACAGGAAGACUACCGCUGUUGGCCAUCCUACCACCACAGCAGCUGUCUCCUGUCUGUGUUCAACCUGGCUGAGGCUGUGGAUGUCUGUGAGAGCCAUGCUCAGUGUCGUGCCUUUGUGAUUACCAACCAGACCACCUGGACAGGUCGGAAGCUGGUCUUUUUCAAGACUGGAUGGAGUCAAGUGGUCCCUGAUGCCAGGAAGACCACAUAUGUGAAGGCCCCUGGUUGAUUGGUUGAUGGCUCAGCUGACCAGCUGACCAUCGUUGCCAGCUGGGCUUCCCUGCUGUGGGAGUGACUUGCACUCAAGGCAUUGCAUGUCACCUAGGAACCCCUGCAGACAGCUAACAUCCCAGACCAACCAGUGUAACCAGGACAAAUGUGCAAUAAUGCAAAAUGUUAAAAUGUGAGUUUACCAGCGUAGGUCUGAGACUGCUGGCUCCCAGACCGAGAAUCAUUGGUUGGGGGCUGACCACCUCUUCAGCACUGUGGGCUGCGAGCAGAGCUCAGGCUAGUCUGAACUGGGAUAUUCCAUGGGCAGCCCCAUCCCUGCAUUUGUGGUGAGAAUGUAGCCAAAACUUUAAGCCAUGGCAGGUUGGGGCUGUGCGGGGACAAAGCCAUGGGAGGCAGGGGCUGCGUGGGGACAAUCGAUCACAGAGUUUCCUCUCAGCUCAGCUCCAGAUGGGGAGCUUGGAAUGGGGGAUGCUCUAAGAUUUGAGUGAACUGGUACCUGGGAAGGCUGUCACUGGCCUCCCGACAGAUACUGUUCUCAGGCCAGCCCAGGGAUCAGGCGUCAAGAUAGCAGUGCACACGUCCAUAUGAGCCAAGAGUAGGGUGGAGGAGCAGGUUGCGUUUGAGCCAGGACCUGGGGUGGGGAGAGGGUCGGGGCCUUUUUGCCUCAUUUGCUUUCAGUGAAAGCCACCAAGCAGCCAAAACCAGGCUCUCCCCCUCCUGGAGUUUGCAUAUCCAGAAGCUUUUGUACUUCUUGUUCAUUAAAUUGUUUAUUUUUGUAAAAAAAUUAAUCAAUUAAUAAAAUGGCAUUUCAUGACAAAUGCUCCUUUCA